UCUUCAGCUCCCGGUUUCAUUUUCAUAUCAUAAACAAACAAAUAUCUACCUAUAUAUCAAACAAAACUCACUUCAAAAUUUCACACAUUCACAUUCAUAUUUCAAAAUUCUCUCUCUCCAAAAAAACACAAGAAAAAUGAGCAAGGGAUCACAUAGUAAGAACAUGUUCAUGAGAAUCAUGUGUUCACCAAUAAGAGCACUAGGAAAAGCAAGAGACGCAUACGUAAGAGGCAUAACAAACUGCGGACAAAGCAUGAAUUACGGUAGUUAUCCAAUGGAUGAUGCUAGUAGAUUCUCCUCUUUAUCAAGAAGUCAGAGUGCAGCAACAACAUCAUCAUCGAGAAGAUCAUCAUCAGCAUCGUCGUUAUCAAGGCUUGAUGAUAACGAAGAUUUUGCUGAGCUUGUUAGAGCUGCUUCUGCUAGGACUUUGGGGAAUAGAAUUGACGUGGAUUUGGUUAUGAAACAGCGACAGCAACAAGAACAACAAAAGAUGAAUAAAAAGUUACCUAAGUCUAGUAGUGUUGGGAUGGCUAAGAUUGAUGAAGACAUGCCGUUUGAUUCUGGGAUUGGGAAUGGUGUUGGUUUUGUUGGGGAGUCUUAUCCUAGAUCUAAGAGUUAUGCUGUUGGAAAUAGAACUAGGAAUGGUGUUUUCUGAAUUUAGUUGUUGAAUUGAAACUUUUUGGUGUUUGUAAUAUUUGUGAGUUAUUGUAAAAUUAAGAGUGGGGUUUAAUUGAA